AUGCGACGAUCUCAACCCCGUCCAAGGACGAAAACCAAACCGGAUAAAUCAAACAUGGAUCCGGUUAAGUUCCAGAUCCGCUCCUCAAACCGAUCCUCCUCCUCCUCCUCCUCCAAUUCAAUCUACACCCUAACCAAACCCAAUCCCAAACACACGAAAUCGAAUCUCCUCCUAACCGUCGCUUCAACCGCCACCGCACUAGCCUUCCUCUUCGUCUUCUACUCGCUCCUAACCCCCGGAUCGCUCCGUUACAGCGUCGUGAUCGACGGCGGGAGCACGGGGACGCGGAUCCACGUGUUCGGGUACCGAAUCGAGUCGGGUAAACCGGUUUUCGAGUUCAAAGGAGCGAAUUACGCUAGCUUGAAGCUCCACCCGGGCCUAUCCUCCUUCGCGGGGGAUCCGGAGGGUGCUAGCGUGGCGUUGAGGGAGCUUGUGGAGUUUGCUAAAGGGAGAGUUCCGAAGGGGGUGUGGAGGGAGACGGAAGUUAGGUUGAUGGCGACGGCGGGGAUGAGGUUGCUUGAAGGGAGGGCUCAGGAGAAGAUUCUUGGAGUUGCGAGGAGGGUUUUGAGAGGGUCUGGGUUUUUGUUUAGGGAUGAGUGGGCUUCUGUUAUCUCUGGAUCUGAUGAAGGUGUGUAUGCUUGGGUUGUUGCGAAUUUUGCACUUGGUUCGCUUGGUGGUGAUCCGGUUAAGACGACGGGGAUUGUUGAGCUUGGUGGAGCUUCUGCUCAGGUGACGUUUGUGUCAAGGGAGACAGUGCCUGCUGAGUUCUCACGUACAGUAUCGUUUGGAAAUGUUUCGUACAAUUUAUAUAGUCAUAGCUUCCUUCACUUUGGGCAGAAUGCUGCACAUGAGAAGUUAUGGGGUUCGCUUGUCUCAAGAGACCGUAAUUCAGCUGUGGAACCUACACGGGAAGGAAAACAUGCAGACCCUUGUGCUCCUAAAGGAUAUAACCUCGACACAAUCACACAGAAGCAUUUAACUGGAUUUUUAGCUGGAGAAAGCAAGCUCGCAGCUUCUUUUGAAGCUGUGGGUAAUUACUCAGAGUGUCGAUCCGCUGCACUAACAAUCUUGCAAGAAGGAAAUGAUAAAUGCUCGUAUCAGCAUUGUUCAAUUGGAUCAACGUUCACGCCUAAACUUCAAGGAAGAUUUUUAGCUACAGAAAACUUUUUCUACACCUCUAAGGUACUUAGUUCUCUCAUAAAUGUAUUCAUGCUCCUAAUGUAUGUAAACUCAAGUGGACCAACAAGGAAACACCACAGCGCACAUGCUUUUACUCUGAGAAUGUAA